CGAAAAUCGUGAUCACUCAUCAAACCCCACAAGAGCCUCGGCUCCUCUCCACCUCGGGCCACCAGCUCUUCCCCCAGCUUCUCCUCUAGCGUAUAUACGACCACGCUCUUCCUCCUACAAUGUGCAAGUGAUCAGCUCAUCACGACAUCUUUGCUGAUAUUCUAACCACACAUCAUCCCCAUGGCUGCCAAGAUAGCCGCCUACGUUGAUUGCGUGUCGCCUUACUCGUACUAUGCGACGCUUUAUUUGAGACAAAAUCGGAAGGCGCUUCUGUCGCAUGGCGUUGAGAUUGAAUUCCACCCCGUCUUCUUGGGCGGUAUCAAUGUUGGCUCUGGAAACAAGCCCCCAUGGACACUGCCGGCAAAGGCAUCCUAUUCCAAGUUCGACUCCGAACGGGCGUGCAAGUACUUUGGCGUUCCCCAAAUUAAGACGCCCGACUUUUUCCCAAUCUUGUCAAUCAUGCCACAACGCUGCAUGAUCUACAUCAAGCGCCACUACUCCCAAGAGCGCUAUGAAACCACAUUCCUUUCGCUGUGGGAAUGGAUGUACCACAAAAACAUCGACAUCAGCAAGCCCGAGAAGCUAGCAGAACUUCUCAAGUCACACAACUAUUCCGACCAGGAAAUAAAAGAGAUCUUAGAAUCCGCCAAGACCCCCGAGUACAAGGACGCGCUGACUGCCAAUACGCAAAAGGCGCUUGAUCAGGGCGCAUACGGGGCGCCGUGGUUCUGGGUGCGUAACAAGGAGGGCAAAGAAGAGCCUUUCUUUGGAAGUGAUCGCUUCGCAUUUAUGUGGCAGUACUUGGGAAUACCCUUCCAGGAUGUGACUAUUAUGGAGAAGGCCAAGCUGUAGACUUCAGGUCUUGAUGUAUAUUAUCGACUAGCAAGAUAGAAAAUUGCAUUCUUGUCGCAUCGUUGCAAUGAACAAUGACCCAG